AUGGCCUUCAAUACAACUCUUUUUAUUCACGUCUCCCACCCGGACGUCUUUGAGAAAACUAAAGUGGACAUUGAUGCCAUUAUGGAUAUUAUUACCAUUGUCCUCUACACCAUUACCAUUAUCUUUGGCAUAACCGGGAACUCUAUGGUGGUCUGGGUGGCUGGUAUCCGUCUGAAGCCCAACGUCACUAACGUAUGGUUGGUCAAUCUGGCAGUAGCUGACCUGAUCUUCUGCCUGACACGAGUCACUUCACUCCUCAAAAAACUUUUCUAUGACCACUGGGCUUUUGGGGUCUUUCUCUGCAAGUUCAAUGGUUUCUUCAAGUACGCCAACAUGUUCUGCAGUGUUUUCCUUCUGGCUGUCAUCAGUGUGGAUCGAGCGCUCUGCGUCUGGUGCCCAGUUGCUACUAGGAAACGACGGACGUUAUGUGCAGCUCGUGUGGUCAGUGUGGGAGUUUGGAUUGUGGCGGGGAUCUUUAGUUCACCGUAUUUUGUGUACCGGCAGGUCUACCCUGGUGACAACAACUUGACCAAGUGCUCACUGGAGGUGAAAGAAGCAUCAAAGGGUGACAAUACAGCAAAGAACGCCUUGUACAGCAUUCGCUUCUUAUGUGGAUUCCUGUUGCCCUUCCUGGUCAUCCUGUGCUGCUACAUUGUAGCUGCUGUUGGGAUACGCAGAACACGGCUCUCUGGCAAGUCAAGGCCUCUCCGGAUUCUCGCUGCACUGGUCUGUGCCUUUUUCUUAUGCUGGGGACCCUACCACUGCCUACUGCUCGCCAAGAUGGUGGACAAGAAGAGCUAUGCAGUCAAAGUGGGUCUGCCCAUUGCUAAGUGCUUCGCAUAUUUCAACAGCUGCGUGAACCCUCUGCUGUACUUCUGCAUGGGACUAAAUAUUAGGCAAAGCUUCAGACAAAGCAUAUCAGGUAUUUAUCGCAGAGCAUUUAUGGAAGAAGGCCAAACUGUGCAAUCCCAGGAAGGCACUGCCGAAGAAAGCUGUAAUUCCAUUCCAAAGACUUCAGCGUUCGUUCGAGAUAGACCUAGGGGCAUGACUAAAGUUUAAAAUAGUUUUAUUGUUAUGUAACUUUUGUUUUUGUACAUGAUAAACCGUUUAUAUUCAGAAACAGUGCUUUUCACAAGUCUGUUUCUGUGACCGCUCUAGCGUUAACAUGCAAGCCACUUUUAAGCAGCUAAUAUAUUUCCUCGCUCUAAAGCCAAUAAACUGUAAUAGGUUUCCUGAGAAA